AUGCUGCAUGUCUUGGUCUUCUUGGUGUCUUGGUGUCUUGGGAUUCUUCCUGUCCCGCCAAACCACAAUCAGCAUUGCACUCCUACUACCAGGAAUCCGGCCGCCUGGCCACCGUAUAGACGCGCAGCUGCACUCCAGGGUCCACCGACUUCCGUUAUCACACCGUGUCAAAUUGGAAUUGCAAACGCUCGCUUGUCGCCCUCUAGUGCUGCUCCACUGAUAACCAGCUGUCUGAGCGUCGCAUGUUGGGGUGCCUCGAUCCGCGUCUAG